AUGGAUACUACCGAUGUCUACCGUUUGCGCCUCGCUGCUGUUGAGCGGGCGGAGCGUCUUUUAGAGCGCCACGAGGCUGAGCUGGCGGCGCGGGAGCAGCUACUGGAGCGGGCACUUGCCGAGGGGAUGCAUCCGUCCCAGGACGACUGGCGGCAGCGUGUCGAGGCGGCCCUCUGUGGGGUUCGCAAGCGCGGCGAGGUUCAUUAUGGCGGCGGUACUAGUGGUGGCAGCGGCCACACGGCAACGGCCGUGCUAAAGGAGUGGGAGGAUCUCAUCGCGCAAUUAGAGAAGCACGCGGCACAGUGGCGCCGCAAAGACGCGGAACUCACCGCUCGUGAGCGAGAUGUGGCGCAGCGUGAAGCGGCGCUCGAAGAGGGGCAACAAUGUGUGCAGAAGGAGAGUGAGCGCCUCACGAAGUCACAGGCGGCUCUCUCUGCAAUGCGUGUUGCUGUGGAGCAGCGCACGCGUGACCUCAACGUGCGUGAGUCGGAGCUGUUGGCAGGUCACGGCCGGAGCAUGGAGGAGGAAGAGCGGUACAAGGCGGCUCGGGUCGCACUGCAGCAGAGGGAGACGCAACUGACGUCGGACCAGGAGCGGUGCAACCGACUUCUUGAGGCGCUGUGUGAGCUGUACGCGCGGCUGGCGUUGCUCUUCUAA